GGUAAGAUGGCUGUGUGUCUCGCGGAGCCUCGUGCUGGUUUGGUUGAUUUCUAGCUCGCGCUCUCGUUCUGUAACAGAAGCCCCCCCCACACACACACUCACACACACAUACUCACUAGUGUCGGUGAAAUUCAUUUUGUGCCUGGCUCCUCUGUAUUUAUUAUAUUUUUUGAAAACUUUUUCCCCUCUCCGUUUUUACUUGAAACGGAGUCGCGGUGGAUUAACCGGAUACCGGGGCGGAGGGGCUAAAUCUGGGGGGGGGGAAUGAACCGGGACGUCGGGUACGUUGGUAUAAAUAUAACCGUAUUUAUAUUCAAUGGUGUUUUUAGGGAGUUUGACUGUGAGUGAGUCUCGGUGCUGAGAGAGAGGCAGAGAACGAGAGGAGAGAGAGAGAGAGAUCAUGGCCGCUCAGGUCGCCAGCGUCGCCUCUCUCAACACCAGCCCGCCAUCCGAACUCAAGAAGCCGGAUCGGGACCCGCAGGAGGAGUCGGUGGUACCGGGGGAGAAACAGCAGGAAAAUAAGGAGCCGGGAACCGACGGCGGAUCUCCGGGUCAGAAGGAGGACGGGAGCGAUGGAGGAGGAGGAGGGGAUCCCGAUAUGAAGAACGGGAAUGUGCCCCGGGUAAAUAAUAAUAAUAAUAAUAAUGAUUCAGGCGAGGGGAAUAACCAUCCCGGAAUGGGACACCACCACCAGGGCCCCUUCCCUCCACCUCCUUACGGUUACAACCAGCACUACAGCCGGGCCCCUUUUCAUCAACAUGGCGGACAACAAAGCCCUGGCAUGGCAGCUGCAUCGGGGCCGGGCAUGAUGGACCCUUACCCGGCUAACUCACACGAAUACCCCAACCCCAACCAUUACAACAACUACAGCCCUUUCCAGAACAGGACUUCUUCGUCUUCUUCCUCGUCCUACCAGGGCUACGGGGCCAUGAAUUCCCCGCGUAAUAACACCCAGUCUCCGGCGACCGGGGGGCAGCCAGGCAAGCAGCAGCCAGCAGGAGGAACCACAGCCAUGGCUGCUGCCUCGUACAAUAAUCAGAGGUAUAACAUGGGAAACCAACAACCUACAUCCACGCCAACUUUAAAUCAGCUUUUGACAACCCCUAGUUCUGCACGGAGCUACCCAAAUUACCCCCAAGGAGACUAUAACAAUCAGGAAGGGGCCAGCAAGGGGCCAGGAGAUAUGGGCAGUCAGUAUGGUGGUGGUGGUGGUGGUGGUGGGGUCCAUCCGGGUUGGCAACAAAGGAGCCACCAUCAGCCUCCCAUGAGCCCGGGAAACACUGGACAACCUCCCAACAGAAACCAGCCUCCGAGUCCAAUGGAGCAGGUCGGGAAAAUGCGUGGUCAGCCAUACGUCGGACCCAACCCGUACUCCCAGCAGCAGCAAGGGCCUCCUGCAGGGCCUGGACCCCAGCAAGGAGGCUCCUAUCCGGGGCAAGGAUACGGACCUCCGGGCCCUCAGAGGUAUCCAAUGGGGAUGCAGAACCGAACGCCUGGUGCUAUGGGCGGCAUGCAGUAUGGACAACAGAUGUCGGCGUAUGGGCAGCAGGGUCCUGGGGGCUACAGCCAGCAGAGUCAGGGUUACUACGGUCAGCACGGCGCCCCCCCUCACCCGGGCCAGCAGCAGCAGCAGCAGCAGCAGCAGCAGCCUCCAUACGCCGGCCAACCCCAGGGCGGCUCCGGAGCCCCGUACCCUCAGCAGGGCCAUCCAUCGCAGCCCGCCGGGCAACACGGGCAGCAGCCCGGAGCCCCCUACCAACAAUCUCAAGGUCCCCAUGGCCCGCCUCAGGGCCAGCCUCCAUACAACCAGCCCCCCCAGUCUCAGCCUGGACAGCCACCCUACGUCCCUCCCCAGCAGCAGCAGCAGCAGCCUCAACAGGGACCAGGACCCCAAAGUCAGCAGGGCCCCCAGGGUCAACCCGGCUACCAACAGCCUCCUGGACCAGGGCAGCCCCCGCAGCAGCAGCAGACCCCACAGACCCCCCAGCAACAACAACAACAACAACAACAACAACAACAACAACAGCAGCAGCAAGGGCCCCCACAACAACAACAACAACAACAGCAGCAGCAGCAACAGCAGCAACAACAACAACAACAACAACAACAACAACAGCAACCAGGAGGGCCACCGUCUCAAGCCCAGCAGCCCCCAGGUCACGGGCAGCAGGGGCAACCAUCCCCUUACUCCCAGACCCCCCCACUGCAGCAGCCGCCUCAGCAGCAGCAACAGUCUCCAUAUCAGAGGUUCCCCCCCCCUCCUCAGGAGCUUUCCCAGGACUCGUUCAGCUCUCAGUCCAGCGCUCCUCCUUCCAACCAGCCCAUGGCUUCUAACAAGAGCAGCCAGGAGGACAGCAUGCAGGGCCGGCCCUCCAGUCUGCCGGAUCUGUCGGGCUCCAUUGACGACCUCCCCACCGGCACCGAGGGCGCCCUGAGUCCGGGGGUCAGCACCUCGGGGGUCUCUAGCAGCCAGGGCGAGCAGAGCAACCCGGCCCAGUCACCUUUCUCUCCGCACACCUCGCCCCACCUGCCGGGCAUCCGCGGACCCUCGCCCUCGCCCUCACCCGUGGCCUCCCCCGCCAGCGUCACCCCGUCCCGCACCGGCCCCCUGUCCCCCGCUGCUGUGCCAGGUAAUCAGAUGCCUCCCCGGCCGCCCAGCGUUCAGUCAGACGGCAUCAUGCACUCUUCCAUGAACCAGUCAGCCAUGGGCCCGGACAGGGUGUACAUGCGUAACCCUCAGAUGCCUCCGUACGGGUCCCCGGGACAGCCUGGCUCCGCCUUAUCUCCACGCCAGUCUUCGGGAGGCCAGAUGCAUGCUGGGAUGGGACCAUAUCCCCAGAACAACUCCAUGGGAAACUACGGGCCUCAGGGGGGCCAGUACGGUCCGCAAGGUUACCCCAGGCAGCCCGGCUACACAGGCAUGCCCAACGCCAACUACCCCACGGGCCCCGGGAUGAGCGGCUCCAUGAACCCCAUGCCGGGUCAGGGCGGCGGGGCCCCUUACGGAGGCAUCCCUCCGGGCAGGUUAGGCCCCGGGCAGAUGGGCGCCCGGCCUUUCGGUCCCGGGAUGCCGGCGAACAUGGCCGGCAUGCCUCCUCAGGUGGCGUCCGGGAUGUGUCCCCCUCCAGGCAUGAACCGGAAGGAUGGGGGCCCCUCGAUGCACCACGGCCCCACAAACUCCAUACACAACAGGCCUCCUGGAUAUCCUAACAUGUCCCAAGGCAUGAUGGGAACAGGAUCUCCGUACGGGCAGGGCAUGAACAGCAUGCACGGGAUGAUGAACCAGGGAGGGCCUGGGCCGUAUCCAAUGGGAGCAAACAUGCCUAACAACACUCCUGGAAUGGCUCCCAGUACAGAGUUUGCCAUGGAGAAAAUGAACCCUGCUCAGAAGCUCAACAACAAGGUGGAGGGGACUCCCAAGCCCGAAACCAAAAAGAAGUCAAGUUCUUCCACCAUCACUAACGAGAAGAUCACCCGGCUGUACGAGCUGGGCCCGGAGCCUGAGAGGAAGAUGUGGGUGGAUAGGUUCCUGGCCUUCGCCGAGGAGAAGGCCAUGGGCAUGAACAACCUCCCCGCCGUGGGACGCAAGCCUCUGGACCUCUUCAGACUCUACGUGUCCGUCAAAGAGAUCGGUGGCCUCACACAGGUGAACAAGAACAAGAAGUGGAGGGAGCUGGCCACCAACCUGAACGUGGGCACGUCGAGCAGCGCCGCCAGCUCGCUCAAGAAACAGUACAUCCAGUGUUUGUACGCCUUCGAGUGCAAGAUCGAGCGCGGCGAAGACCCGCCCGCCGACUUCUUCAACACCGACACCAAAAAGAACCAGCCCAAGGUCCAGCCCCCCAGCCCAGCUGGUUCUGGAUCCCUUCAGGGCCCCCAGACUCCUCAGUCCACCAGUAGCUCCAUGGCAGAGGGGGGAGACCUGAAGCCUCCCACCCCCGCCUCCACCCCCCACACACAGAUGCCCUCUAACGCCAGGAGUAGCGUUAAUCUGCUGGACCCCUUCGCUGACGGAGGAGACCCCGCCUUCUCCAGGAGAAACGCCCUGACCCCCAACUCGCAGGGCUACCAGCCCAGCAUGGGGGGCCCUGAGAUGAUCGUUCGGAUGGGCCCCUACGAGGCCAAACAGGACCCCUUCGGUGGUAUGAGGAAAGCUGGAGAGCAGUUCAUGCAGCCGGGGCCCAACAGUGGGAUGGGAGAGCAGUAUACCAGGGGUCCCCCAGGCCCUAUGGGAAACAUGCAGAUGGGCCAGAGACAACAGUACCCUUACGGAUAUGACAGAAGACAGGAGCCGGGGAUGGGCCCUGAUGGCAGCAUGGGCCCCGGAGCCCCUCAGCCCAACAUGAUGCCUUCAGGAGCCGACACAGGGAUGUACUCGCCCAGCCGCCCCCCCCAACAGCAACGGCACGAGUCCUACACAAAUCAGUACCCCGGCCAAGGAGCCCCCCCUGGUGGCCCCUACCCGAAUCAGCAGCCAGGAAUGUAUCCACAGCAGCAGCCGAACUACAAGCGUCCGGUGGACGGGGGUUACGGGCCCCCUGCUAAGCGCCACGAGGGAGAAAUGUACAACGUCCCCUACAGCGGGCAGCAGCAGCCGGGCCCCCAGGCCUCCGGCCCUCAGGGCCAGCAGGACAUGUAUAACCAGUACAACGCGUAUCCUGGAGGGGAGCGCAGACCCCCGGGCCCCCAGAACCAGUUCCCCUUCCCUUUUGGUCGGGACAGAGUCCCCUCGUCUGCGGGGCCCAACUCCCAGUCGCCGAUGCCUCCGCAGAUGAUAGCGAGCUCCAUGCCAUCGGGCCCCGACGGCCCCCAGGGUCCCAUGUGGCAGGGCCGCAACGAGAUGGGCUACAACUACCCCAACCGGCAGGGCCCCCCCGGACCUGGUCAGGGCCCCGGGUACCACGGCAUGACCCGCUCCGAGGACAUGAUGCCGGGGGACCAACGCAUGAACCAUGAGGGCCAGUGGCCCGGUCACCAGAGGCAGCCGCCGUUUGGUCCCGGGGGCUCCGGACCCCCCAUGACCCGGCCCCUGCCGUCCACCUACCAGACCUCCCAGAACCACAUCCCUCAGGGGUCCAGCCCCACGCCAAUGGCGCGGCCCCUGGAGAGCCGGACGUCGCCCAGCAAGUCCCCCUACAUGCACGCGGGCAUCAAGGUGCAGAAGGCCGGGCCCCCGGUGCCCGCCUCCCACAUCGGACAGGCCCCCGUGCAGCAGCCCAUGAUCCGGAGAGACGUGGCCUUCCCCCCCGGCUCCGUGGAGGCCUCGCAGCCCCACCUGAAGCCCCGCCGGAGACUCACCGUGAAGGACAUCGGAACUCCCGAGGCCUGGAGAGUGAUGAUGUCUCUGAAGUCAGGACUCCUGGCCGAGAGCACCUGGGCGCUGGACACCAUCAACAUCCUGCUGUACGACGACAACAGCAUCACUACCUUCAACCUGUGCCAGCUGCCGGGCUUCCUGGAGCUUGUGGUGGAGUACUUCAGGCGCUGCCUCAUCGAGAUCUUUGGUAUCCUGAAGGAGUACGAGGUGGGCGACCCGGGCCAGCGAACCCUCAUAGAUCCCAACGCCGCCGAGGACCCCGUGGAUGAAAUCCCCGUCACGGAGGACAUGGACGUGGAUGAAGAAGACGAGGAGGAGGAGGAGGAGGAGGAGGCGCAGGAGGACGUGGUGUCCUCGUCGCUGCUCCAGGUGAAGCAGGAGGAGAAGGAGCCUUCUUCAGAGGAUGAGGAGGAGGAGAAGUCUGUGAAAGAGCCCGUCCCCUCGCAAACCUCGGACUCAGAGAAGCCGAAGCAGGCGAGCAAGUUUGACAAACUCCCGCUCAAAGUGGUGCGCAAGAAGAACCCCUUCCUGCUGAACCCGGCCUCCCUGCAGCGGCAGAGCUUCGACAGCGGGCUGACGCACUGGAGCAUCGGCGGCGGUGACACCACAGAGCACAUCCAGACGCACUUCGAGAGCCGAGCGGACCUCCUGAAGCAGCGGAAACGCAAGCCGGCGAACAGCGAGAGCCGCAAGAAGGUCCCGACGGGCGAGAACACAGAGAGACCCGGGACCAACGGCGAGGAGAAGACCCCACCUCCUCUUCCCAUCAGCGCUCCCGUCACGGCCACCAUCGACGACGUCCUCUCCGCCCGACCCGGCUCCGUCACGGAGGAGGUGGUCCGAGGCGGCGCCGAGGAGCAGAAGGAGAACGGGAAGUACCUGUUCAGCAUCAACCCGGACUUGCAGAGCCGGCGCAACAUCAAGAUCCUGGAGGACGAGCCGCACAGCAAGGACGAGACGCCGCUCAGCUCGCUGUCCGACUGGCAGGACUCGCUGUCCCGCCGCUGCGUCUGCGUCUCCAACAUCGUGCGGAGCCUCUCCUUUGUGCCCGGCAACGACCUGGAGAUGUCGAAGCACCCGGGCCUCCUGCUGCUGCUGGGCCGCCUCGUGCUGCUGCACCACCGGCACCCCGAGAGGAAGCAGGCGCCCGUCACCUACGAGAAGGAGGAGGAGGAGGACGAGGGCGUGAGCUGCGAGCGGGACGAGUGGUGGUGGGACUGCCUGGAGGUUCUGCGCGAGAACUGCCUGGUGACGCUCGCCAACAUCUCCGGCCAGCUGGACCUGUCCGUCUACCCGGAGAGCAUCUGCCUGCCGCUGCUGGAUGGCCUACUCCACUGGGCGGUGUGUCCGUCAGCAGAGGCCCUCGACCCCUUCCCGACGCUGGGGCCCCACGGCUCCCUGUCCCCGCAGAGACUCGUCCUGGAGACCCUCAGCAAGCUCAGCAUCCAGGACAACAACGUGGACCUCAUCCUGGCCACGCCACCCUUCAGCCGCCUGGAGAAGCUGUACGGCUCGCUUGUUCGGUUGGUGGGCGAGCGGAAGGUGGCCGUGUGCCGGGAGAUGGCCGUGGUGCUGCUGGCUAACCUGGCGCGGGGCGACAGCUUGGCGGCGCGGGCCAUCGCAGUGCAGAAAGCGAGCGUGGGGAACCUGCUGGGCUUCCUGGAGGACAGCCUGGCCGCCACGCAGUACCAGCAGAGCCAGGGCUCCCUGCUGCAGAUGCAGACUGGGCACCAGUUCGAACCCACCAGCGUGGACAUGAUGCGGCGGGCGGCCCGAGCGCUGCACGCCCUCGCCAAGGUGGAGGAGAACCACUCGGAGUUCACGCUGUACGAGUCGCGGCUACUGGACGUCUCCGUCUCCCCCCUCAUGAACUCCUCGGUCUCCCAGGUGAUCUGUGACGUACUUUUCCUGAUCGGACAGUCAUGACAGCCGUGGGGAGGUUUCCGUUCUGCCUCUCGCUCCUCCCCCUCGACGCCCUCCUCCUCCUCCUCCAACAACAACACCCCCUUUUUGUUUUGUGUGUCUGUUGCGAGUGAAAAAGAGCAAAACUGACUUUUUUUGUUUUUUUGUUUUUUUUAUUUAUGCAAAAUCACCUCGGAUUCCACUGUCUGUUCUCCCCCCUUUCACCUUCCCCCCUCCCCCCUCCUCUUCCUCCUGCUUCUCACUAAAAAGGAAGGAAUAUC